AUGUUAUCAACUUCUCGUUCUCUCCGCUCGGCGGCGGAAUCUUCUUCUUUGACUCUCCGACCGAGUAAAGAAGUAAUGAAGGUUGGAAACUGGGUGGACUUCCUGCCGCGUGAUAUCUCUUUGGAGAUUCUGCAAAAGGUUGGGACCAUUGACAAGUUGAUGAAUAUCCAGAAAGUAAGUAUUUCCUGGGGAAAUCAGUUGAGUAGUCUUCGACUUGUAAAGUGCUUGAACCUUUUUAAUGAGGGGUUAAUUGAAGCUGUUAAAAAAUUGCCAUACUUGGAAGAGCUUCACAUUUAUUAUGGGAAAAUCACAUAUGUAGGUCUGGAACUUGUUGGUCGCAAUUGCCCAGGUUUAAAAUCAUAUAAUAUACAAGGUAUGUUCCCUCCUGUAUAUUUUGAUUAUGAUGACGACGAUGGACACGAUUCUAGUAAUGAAGCAUUUGCUAUAGUAAGAAGCAUGCCUGAGCUUCGUCACCUUAGCCUAUUUGGGAAUCAAAUGUAUAACAAUGGUCUGGAAGCUAUACUCGACUCUUGUCCUCAUCUUGAAUCACUUGAUCUUAGGCAAUGCUAUAGAAUUGACCUUGAGGAAUGUGAGGAAUUGAGUAAAAGAUGUUUUUCCAUAAAAGGAUUCUGCCCCCUAAUGACUCUACCGAUGAUUAUGAAUUUGACUCAUCAAUAUGGUGAAAUUAUCCAUAUUGGUAAUGAAGGUUAUUUCUAUAUCGGUGGUGAAGAUGAUUAUCAUACCGAAAAUUAUGGUAAAUACUGGAUCAACGACUUCUUAGGUGCGAAUGUUAGUAGAGCUGCAGAGGAGCUUCUUUUCUACAACACAAGCAGGUUGUAA